AUGGCGGACGCGAGAGAGAUGAGAGAAGACGAGCUGCGAGCCAGACUGGAGGAGCUGGUCGCUGAGCUGUGGGUCAGGAGCUACCCGAGAAUGGGCGCUGCAUGGGGAGGAGAGAACAUGGAGCGAGGGAGGAGCAAGAACCCUUGGGCGAAAGAGGAAAGAGGGAUCAAGAUGGCGGAGCUGGGAGACAGACAGACUGCUCCGCAGGCUGAGGGGCACUGCGCCAUCGUCAUCGAGGGAGAAGGAGAUUCUUCGGCCGCCGCAAGGACCUCAUCAGCCACAGAGAUAGGAGGAGCGCAAGUGCGCGUCAAGGAGGAGGCAGCGUCACCAUCGGACACGCCCGCCCUGCAGCAGAAUGUCAACAAGGGGGUUUAUUACAGCCGUUUGCAGUACAACGGUAAGGCCGAUUGGCGAGACUUUGUAAAGCAGUUUGAAAUGAUGGCAAUGGUAAACAACUGGACAGACAGAGAGAAAGCCAGUAAUUUAAUUGCUUGUUUAGAAGAAGAGGCUUUACAUUGUUUAACCACCGUCGAUCUAAAUGGCUGUAGUAGCUAUGGGACAUUGGUUGCUGAACUGAGCGUGUGUCUGACAAGAGAGCGUGAUGUUAAGCCCCGAUAUGGGCCCCGUGCCGAUCACGGGAGAGAGAAUAUGCGGUGUGGGGGGAACAUGUUGCCAGGGGCGAGCCGGCAGCCAGUGAAAGCAGGCCGAUAUGACGGUAGAUCGACGUGGGAGGCGUACCACGUCAAAUUCAGGAUGGCAGCGCUCACUAAUGACUGGGGGCCGACGGAGAAAGCAGGACAGUUGGCGGCUGCAUUAGAGGGAGAAGCGCUGCAGGUUCUGCUGGACUUGGGCCCAGACGAGGUGGCCCAAUACGAGGUGUUAACCGCAGCUCUCGAACGCCGUUUUGGGAGAGUGGAGCCCGCAGUCGGGUUGCGCCUGCAGCUGGCCAACCGCACUAGAGCUCCCGGAGAGAAACUGGGCGUACUGGCUGCUGAUGUCCGGUACCUGGCCCGGAGGGGGUACCCAAUGUUCCCGCCAGCCACCCAGGAGGACCUGGCUGUCGAGGCCUUUGUUCGCGGACUGACCCCGACCGCUCUACGUCAGCAGGUCCGGUUUGCUGCCCCAACCUCCCUAGAGCUUGCCGUGGCUCACGCCGAACGAGUCGAGGCGGUGCUCGAGGAGGGGGAGCGGGACCAUGCCCCUGGGAGCGAGAGUGCUGUGCUGGGGCUGUGGACAGCCUGGCCACCUACGGCGCCACUGCCCAGCAGCAGCUGCUGCACCACCACCACACCUGACACAGCAACCGCAGGGAAACGCCAAGGGGCCCGCAUAGACGGGACGACGCGUGCCCCCAGUCCAGUCCCAUUAAUCGCGGACCACCCAGCUGCAGCGGCCGCCACCAGUACUAACCCGUGUAGCCGACAGAGCAGGGCGUCACCCCUCACGGAAACAGCCGACCACAGACAGUGCCAGCCAGCUAUAGCGGUAGGAAGGACCACUGCCGGGGACUUCUGCCAUGUCCCCGUCCGCAUUGAGGGGGUCCCGUGCACUGCUCUCGUGGACACUGGCUCCACGGUGACUCUCAUCCGCCCCGAUGUGCUCCCUGCAGGGGUCCGGCUGGAGCCCACCACCGUGCAGUUGCGCACUGUGACUGGAGAGCUAGCCCCCAUGCAAGGAAAGGGCAACCUUGCUAUUGAAGUGGCUGGACGGACAGUACACCACCCUGUCUGGGUAGCAGCUGUACAGGACCCCUGCAUACUGGGCCUGGACUUCCUGCGCUACACAGGCGGACAGCUAAACCUCCGGACCGGGACACUGCACAUACAGGGGAGCCCGGCUUUAGCUUUAGCCUCACCCCUUGGACCGCUGGGUCGGAGUCGGGACCCCUUCGCACGACAGUUUCGGGAUCUGCCGAGGACACAACGGACCGCCGCCAUGAGACGGGAGACCUCAGCACACCCCCGGGCUCCAUCAUGCGCCAGUCUCAUCAGGGACAAUACAGCGUCUCGACGGCCCCCACUCCGGAAGGAGCUACUGCUUGCACAGCCGCCUUCAGGUGCCAGCGCUCGCCAGCCAACAUGGCCACUCUCAGGCCGCAACGCUCGCCAGCCAACACGCCCACCCUCAGGCCGCAAUGCUCGCCAGCAUGUACAGCCGCCCUCCUGCAGUUCUAGCGUGGCCCAGGGGAAUGCAGCUCUCCCCCAGGCAGCCCCGCCACCCUGCCCGGCGCCGCCAACCGCUACCCAAGGGCUGCGGGAGGAUACCGCCAUGCCACGCCCUACUGUCAGGAGUAAUUCAGCGUCCCCAGCAAUCUCCCCUCCGCCACCAGUCUCCCCUGAAGACCCAGCUCUCAGCGCAGUGCAUGCAGUUUGGCUCAGGAGCUGCGAAGGGCUUUGCACAGAAGAGCGUCGCCAGCUGUGGGAACUGGUGUAUGAGUAUCGACACAGUUUCGCUACCGCCUCGGAUGACGUGGGGCGGACACACCUGGUGCAGCACCAGAUCGAGACGGGAGCCGCCCGCCCCAUUAAGCAGCGCCCUCGCCGCCAACCACUCGCCCUCCAGGAAGCCACAGAGCAGGUGCUGGAGGAGAUGAAGGCAGCGGGGAUCAUUGAGCCGUCCGACAGCCCCUGGACCUCGCCGGUAGUCAUGGUGCGGAAGAAGGACGGCAAGUGGCGCUUCUGCGUCGAUUACCGGCGAGUGAACGAUGUGACGGAGAAGGACUCCUACCCCCUUCCCCGCAUCGAUGAGUCCCUGGACUUGGUGGCCGGCUCUAGAUGGUUCUCUUCGCUGGACCUCCGCAGCGGCUACUGGCAGGUUGCGCUGGAUCCCUCUGCACGGCCGAAGACUGCCUUCUCCACUGGACGGGGUCUGUGGCAGUUUACUGUGAUGCCGUUCGGACUUUGCAACGCCCCCGCAACGUUCGAGCGGCUCAUGGAAAAGGUGCUGGCCGGAGUACCCCCCUCGGAGUGCCUGGUCUACCUGGAUGACCUGCUAGUCCACGGAGGGACCUUCCAGGACGCCCUGGCCUCCCUGCAUGAGGUGCUCCGGCGAGUGAGGAAAGCGGGGCUAAAACUGCACUCUGAAAAGUGCCAGCUGAUGCGCCAGGAGGUCUCGUUCCUCGGGCACCGAGUGGGAGCAGAGGGGAUCCAGACAGAGGUGGACAAGGUCACCGCAGUGAGGGACUGGCCUAUUCCCGUCAACCCCCGGCAGGUUAGAAGCUUCCUAGGGCUUGCGUCCUACUACCGCAGGUUUGUGCAGGGCUUUGCCACCAUCGCUGCCCCCCUGCACCGCCUCCUGAGGAAAGACGAGCCCUUUGAGUGGACCCCGGCGUGCCAGGAGGCGUUCGCCUCCCUGCAACAUGCGCUGUGCCAGUCCCCGGUGCUGGCUCCCCCGGAUGUCCGUUCUCCCUUCCUGCUGGACACGGAUGCAAGCAACGAGGGGAUCGGGGCUGUCUUAUCCCAGCCGGGUCCAGAAGGGGAGCAUGUGGUGGCGUAUUUUAGCCGGUCGCUCAGCAAGGCAGAGCGCCGGUAUUGCGUCACCCGACGGGAGCUGCUUGCGGUGGUGGAGGGGGUCCGCCACUUCCGCCACUAUCUCUGCGGGCUCCCCUUCACCAUUCGCACAGACCACGCUGCCCUGCAGUGGCUCCUGACGUUCCGGGAGCCGGAGGGACAGGUCGCCCGUUGGAUCGAGCAGCUCCAGGCGUUUCAGUACCGGAUCCAACACCGGGCUGGUGAGAAGCACGCCAAUGCGGACGCGCUGUCCCGUCGUCCCUGUGCCCGGGAGGGAUGCGCCCAUUGCAGCAGAAAGGAGGAGAGGGAAGCAGAGCUGUCCCGCCGGGGGGAAGAGCAAUGCCGGGUGGCAGUAUCGGCUGAGAGGGUGGAUUGGAGAGCCCAUCAGGACCGAGACCCGGACCUCCGCCCCAUACUACAUUGGCUAGAGGAGCAGCGAAGGCCUCCCUGGGAGGAGGUGGCCCCUUUUUCCACCGCCACUCGGGGGCUGUGGGCUCAGUGGAGCGGGUUGGCCUUGCGUGACAGAGUCCUUCAGCGGCAGUGGAAGGUGCCCGCCACGGGGGAGGUGAGGUGGCAGGUGGUUGUCCCGGGGGCGAUGCGCCAGGAGGUGCUAGAGGCCCAUCAUGGGACCCCAGGCACUGGUCAUUUUGGAGUGACGAAGACCCUGAGGCGGCUCCGCCAGUCGUUCUACUGGGGGCAGUGCAGGCGAGACGUGGAGGACCACUGCCGACGCUGUGACAUCUGCACUGCCCGGAAAGGACCCCAGGGCCGGUCGCACGCCCCACUCCAGCAGUACCAGGUCGGGGGGCCUAUGGAGAGGGUUGCCGUGGACGUACUAGGCCCUUUUCCACGCUCCGAGAGGGGGAACCGGUUCGUUCUGGUGGCCCUCGAUUACUUCACUAAGUGGCCAGAGGCGUACGCUUUGCCAGACCAGGAGGCAGAGACGGUCGCUGAAGCACUGCUGGAGGGGUUCUUCAGCCGGUUCGGGGUCCCUCAAGAGUUGCAUUCCGACCAAGGGCGCAACUUUGAGUCCCGGGUCUUUGCCGGGAUGUGCCGGCGCCUGGGCAUCAAGAAGACGCGGACCACCCCUCUGCACCCUCAGAGCGACGGACUGGUGGAGAGGUUCAACCGCACGCUGGCCGUACAGCUGGCUGUCACCACCGCCACCCACCAGCGGGACUGGGACACCCGCCUGCCUGUCGUGCUGUUGGCCUGCCGCUCUGCUGUCCAGGAUUCCACCGCCUGCACCCCUGCCCUGCUCAUGCUGGGGCGUGAGCUGCGCACUCCUGCGGAGCUAGCUUUUGGUCGUCCCCCAGAUGCCCCCAGUGUACCCCCGGGCCCUGAGUAUGCCAGGAGACUACAGGACCGACUGGAAUCAGCCCACAGCUUCGCCAGGGACCAGUUGCAGGCUGCUGGGGUACGGCAGAAGCGGAACUAUGACCUCCGAGUACGGGGGCGCCACUUCACCGCCGGGGAGCUCGUGUGGGUCUUCAGCCCCAAGAGACAGCGGGGCCGUUGCCCCAAAUUGGACAGCCACUGGCUUGGUCCUUGCCAUGUCCUGGAGAGGAUCGGGGACGUGGCCUACCGGGUGCAGCUACCUCACAGAGGACGCAAGGUAGUGCUGCACCAGGAUCGGCUGGCCCCCUACCUGGGACAACACCCAGCACCAUCCGACCCAGCAGCUUCUGACAGUCCUCUCCUGCCCCCUCCUGAUCCACCCCGCCCUAACAGUCCCCCCACCCCCAGGGCUGAGGGUUCCUCCCCCGACGGUUCAGUUUCCCUGUCCCCUGUGGCUGACAGGAGCCCGUCCUCCACGCAGGGCUCCCGCCCGCAAAGACAGCAUCGCCUCCCGGGUCGUUUUCGAGACUUUGUUCUUCCCUCGGGGACGAGGGACUAAGGGGGGGGCUGUGUAACGACCCUGGCGAUGGCAGCAUCCUGGACAUUGUGUUUGUCUUGUUUGUUACGUCCUGUUUAAGGUUCCAUGUAUUGUGAGGGUACGGGGCACGCCGUUGGUGUGUGUCUGCGUGAGUGCAUGCGUGUGUGUGCAGUGGGCGGUUCCCCCAGAGGCUAUAAGUAGGAGGGGGGGGAAGCCGCGAGCGGGAGAAUGCGUGUGAAUGUCUGACUGGAGAGCGAUUACGAGAGACAGAGUACCGGCUGAGAGAGUGCUUGUCGGUGAGUCUGCGGUGUAAAAGAGAGAGAGACAGCUAUUUGUUAUUUUGGCGUGAACCCCGGCCCAAACAGGGUUUCGUUGUGUUAUUAAAGAAAUUAAAAAAAUAAAAGUACGUGGAACCUCAUCUGGUCUCUCCCGAGUCUGUCUCAUCCCCAUAGCACAGAACGCUACAAUAUGGACUCAUUUUCACAGAGCAACGUCAAUCCGUGGAAGCAGACCGGCUGAACUAGCUGACGAUGCUGAAGUUUAAUAGCAAGGUGUUGCACCGUGGUAAAGUUGGUGUGAAGUUCGAUAUUGAUUUGAUAUUCACAACCAUAUCACCUAGACUGUUUCAAACCAGCUUUAUUGGGAAGCUGACAUUCCUUUGACUGUGAAUCCUAUUAAUACUUUGUUUAAAUCAAACCACAUCCCAUAUGCGCGUAUAGUAUACAGGGCUGGAUGAGGAAGCUUUAUAUUAACCAAAGAAUGUCUCGUUUCUGUAGACGGCAAACUCCAAGUACAGCCAGUGAAACCGUGAAGCGCAGCAUUACCCCUCUGUGCCGCGUCUUCACUGUCUUCAUCGCGGGCGGUAUUGUUUCAGUGCCCUCCUUUACCCCGGUGAAGUUGGGUUGGUUUUGGAUAGUCGCGUGGAUAGUCGAUAUUUGCCCAUUCACUACAUUGUACGUCAGAUAAGAGUUAAGAGCUCCUACAUACCAAUUCGCAAAUGAAUGAUAUUUCACCUAAUGAAAGUCUCGAUAUUAAUGGAUAAAUGAAGGCAUGUCUCAUUGAUUUGAGAGUUCUGAACACGCAAAAUCAGAGCAGUAACGAGGCAUUUUAGCGCCGGGUCAGGCAGCCAUGCGCUCCACCCCCCUUUUUGGGUGUUGAAAGUUGGGAUGGUAUAUUUGUUCAGGUUUCAUAGUGUUGAUUCACUUAUUAUUUCAGAAUCUCUCCUUAUAACAUGUUUGAAGGGAACAAGACAUUACUUAGAACAGAACAUAACUUGUUAACACGCGUUCAUUGCAAGGUUAGAUUUCCUGCCUCUACGAUUAUAUGCAAUCCACGCAUUUUCAGUACCAAGAUAAUGAGUUUAUUUUAGGUAUGGUCAUUUUUUGUUAGUCAGGGCUGGGGUUUAGUUCUUGACUCCACAGUAAAACAUUUAUAACAACAAUAACAACAAUAUUUCCCUUACCCUAUUUGCCACUCCCAGCGUCCUCUGCUGCUCAUUAACAUAUUUGUGGAGGCCGGGUCCGGGCACGGAACGGCACACAAUCCGUUACAAUAUAUCAGCCUACCGUGAACUUCCGCAGCACAGACAGAAGUGUUCUAUUAAAAGAGAAUAUGCGCGUCAUUACAGAAACCACCGGCUAAAAUGCUGGACGUUGAUAUUAUUACUCUGGAUGUGUGUGCUUUAUUUUACACUGUGAAAUAUACCUUGGUUUAGAUAUGAAACAACACCGCGUGGUGUCAAAUUUGAAAAUGUAACACUUAAAAUCAAUACUAAUGGGUGGGAGUCUGGAACCAACUCCCCAGUAAAGUUGUUGAAGCUGACACCCUGGGAUCCUUCAAGAAGCUGCUUGAUGAGAUUCUGGGAUCAAUAAGCUACUAACAACCAAACAAGCAAGAUGGGCCGAAUGGCCUCCUCUCGUUUGUAAACUUUCUUAUGUUCUUUACAUUUCAUUACGUUUAUGGUAGUGUUGGUCCUGAAGGCUACAGGAGCGAAUAAAUAAAUAAGCAACGCACACGGAGGGGAAGUGAACGACACAGACAUGCGACGCUGGUUUGUGUAGAACCAGGUUCGUGCUAAGGGAGUGACGCGUUUCACUUUUCUAGUGCAGAGGCGCAUGCGAUCUUCAGAAUAUGCUAGGGAGGCGCUGACAGCUGUCAAGUGAAAACCAUUGAGAACCGCAGAACAAAAUUAUUACUGGAGUGGCAGUGCAUUAAGUCCGCCCCCCACGGAUGUGUGCGUGUGUGUGUGUGUGUGUGUGUGU